AUGGAGACGACUCCUCCUCAGAGCAAUGGUGUGGACGACCUGACUGAGAUCGAGAGAAUCGACCAACUAAAACAACGAAUUCGCUAUCGUCACACGAACAAAAUCUACGUUGAUCUGAAGCAGGUCUUCAUUCAUUUGUUACGUUACGCGUUGACCGCUGUAUACCGGUUAACCAGAGCGAUGCAUUUGUUUGAUCAGCUCGGCUACAACGAUGCGCGGGGCAACAUCGACAUCAGGGACCUGGUACGGCUGGACCAGUGGCACUACAACGGGACGGAGCCGGUCCAGAUGGCCAUAGACAAGCUCUGCAUCAGGGAGGGUGAUAAAGUGUUAGACGUGGGUUCAGGGAUCGGCGGCCCCGCCCGUUACCUCGCACAUGCCGCACAGUGUGACGUCACGGCCCUUGAGCUGUUACCAGAGAACCAUGACGUCGGCGUGGACCUGACCAGACGCUCAGGGAUGGACGACAGAGUCACUCACGUCUGCGGAGACAUUAUCACUGCUGACUUAGGUGAAGAGUCAUUUGAUGGUAUCAUGAGCAUCCAAGUCUUCUUCCACAUCAGCGACAAGGCAGCUUUGUUCAAACGAUGCUUGGAACUUCUGAAGCCCGGCGGUGCAAUGUACGUCGAAGACUUUUACCGUACGAAGGACCUGAGCCGCGCGGAGCGGGAUGUGCUGACAGCGUUCCUGAACAGCGCUGACGACAUGGCGACCAUGGAGGACACCAGAGGUCAGCUGGAGGACGCUGGCUUCACUUGUGUUGAGAUCAAAGGUUGUUCCAGUUACGACCAGUAUACCUACAGCCGCUGGACUGUGAAGAACAAUGCCGACAAGUACAUCCAACUUUACGAGGACUACUACUCCGGCUGGCUCGGGCAGGCCAGCACCAGCAAACGGCUGUGUCACGACUUCGGCGCCGUGACAGGGGGACACUUCGUGGCAAAGAAGGCUUGAGUAUCGGUUGAAAACACCGGUUGUUACCUCCGGGGAGGAGACAUCCUUCCGCGGAAGGGUUUUGUGAGAGAUUUAGAUUUUCAUGUUUGCAGCUUUUUUUUUCGCGUUUGG